AUGCGUCAAAAGCGUGCCCUUAUAAGCGGAGCUCUCAAAGCAAUAGGAUUCAACGAAAAACAAUCGAUCCUAGACAAUAUUGGCGCCCACGAGCUCCCAUCGUGGGUAUAUUUUCCAGAUGUCGAGAGGGCGGAGUGGCUAAAUAAGGUUGAACUGAAUUUCCUGGAGCUCAUUUCCAAUAUCAGGUUAUCCAUAGAAUGUGGCCUUUUAUUUCCGACUACGUGAACGACAUUCUCCUAAAGACUGUACAGCCAGCCGUUGAUGGUUGUUUGCCGUCAUCUCUUCGACCUUUUACUUUCCAACGAACCGACCUCGGUGACACGGUAAUAUCGAAUUUGCCUUACUCUGUUAGCCCCCGAGAAUUGGUGGUGUAA